AUGAGGCGGCGCCGGCGCGUCUGUGCAGCCGCGGAAGCGAACGCGACCGCCCCGCUGGGUGCACACCAUAGAUUAUACAUAAUACUGGGUGCACACACAGAUGUAUCACGGGAAUGGAGAAUCGGUUACUUUAAACGGUUUCAACCGGGAAGAGGUGAACAAUUUAACCGAAUUAUCUUACUAGCUAAUCCUCACCGAACUUUAGAGUACACAUUCUUGAAUUUCGAGCGUACGGUCCGAUGUUCCUCGGUGCUGAUCGGAGCGCUGGGGCUGUCCCUGAUAGCGCUGGCGGUGUACACAGCCGUGUUGGUGCUGGCCGAGUACAAGAGUCCACGCCCCUGCAUCACCGAAGAAUGCGUAGCCACAGCUUCAAGAAUGAUCGAAUCUUUAAACAAAGACGUGGACCCCUGCACUGACUUCUAUGAGUUCGCAUGCGGCGGCUGGAUCAAGAAGAACCCAGUGCCCGAAUGGGCCUCCUCAUGGGACCAACUGGCCAAGCUCAGGGAACAACUAGUCAUCGAUCUCAGGGAGCUUCUCGAAGCUGACGAUGAGAAAGAUUUGCCCGAAAGCGUCAUGAAGGCGAAGUCUCUUUACAGGACCUGCAUUAACAUUGAUAAGCUGGAGGAGGACGGCAUAAAGCCGAUCCAAAAGGUCCUGGAGAAGCUGGAGCUGCCGCCGCUGCCGCCGCGCUCGCCCACAGCGAACUUCACGUGGGUGGUGGCGGCGGGCCGCGCGCGGCGAAUGCUCGGCCUCAACGUGCUGCUCAGUGUGCAGGUGGCCGAAGACGUCCGCAACACCAGCAGGAACCGUAUAGUGAUAGAGCAAGUGUCCCCUGGGUUCAGCGACCGGUACUUGCUGCAGCCGGAGCAGUUUGCGCACGAGGUCGGCCAGUACAGGAAAUACAUCCGUGACGUCAUCGCUCUCUCUGACCCCACUAUCAACGCCGACGGUUUCGCCGAUGACAUCGUCGAGUUCAGCAAAAGUCUAGCUAAAAUCAUGACCCCAGUGGAAGUGCGUCGCAGUGGAACACACCUGUUUCAUGAAGUGAGCAUGCAGCAACUGAUCCAGGGUUCUAACGGAGGACCGGCUGAAUGGAAAUCGCAUGAUUGGGAGCGGUACAUGUCCUUGGUGUUCGCCAACACCAGCGUGAGUCUGCAGGGAGUGACGGACCGCGUGAUAGUGAUGGACCUGCCCUACCUGCACAAGCUGGCCACCCUGCUGGCGGACGCGCCACCACUGCUGCUCGACGAUCUCCAAAUUUACUGCGAAGCACCGCUGUCUAGAUUAAAUGAGGCAAUAGCAAACACUAACUUUAACCUCCAACUCAUUGCAGAAUGGAGUAGAGCUUUUGGUCUUAGCGUCAAUCCUGUUAAAACCCAAACCAUGAUAGUAGGUAGCUCUAGAUUACUUUCCAGAGUUGAUACGCAGAUACUUCCGAAAGUUGUUUUUGAGGGGGUUGACAUUCCUUUUAGUCAAACAGUAAAAAAUUUGGGGGUGGUAAUGGAUGGCCAUCUGGGUUGGGGUCCACAGCUUCAAUCUAUCAGUCGCAAGUUAUAUGCUUCUGCCGCUUUACUGAGGAGACUGCGUAACUUCUUGCCCACUACCACUAAGGUUGCGUUAGCGCAAUCUCUGCUGCUUCCUGUUCUCGAUUACGCUGACGCUUGCUACCUUGAUCUUUCGGAGGACCAGCUAAAUAAACUUGAGCGUCUUCAAAACUUCUGUAUCAGAUUCAUAUUUGGUUUGCGCAAAUAUGACCAUGUUUCCAACUAUCGCAGUGAACUCAAGUGGCUUCCUAUACGACUUCGCCGGAAUUCUCGAUUAUUAUCUCUUCUCUACAAUAUUUUGUUCAAUCCCACUUACCCUCAUUAUCUCAAAGAACGUUUCAGUUUCCUGCACUGCACAAAUUCUUACACAUUGCGAUCAUCCGAGAGCCUGAGUCUUGAGAUUCCAUCUCACUGUACUUCUUUUUACGAUUCUUCUUUCACUGUACAAGCUGCUCGUCUCUGGAAUUCCCUUCCAGUUUCGAUAAGGCAAGCGAAAUCUUUGCAAAUUUUUAAAAAUAGUGUAAAGGAAUUCUACCUUUCACAAUGA